CUUGUUGUGUAAAACAAAUUAUGUUAUUCUAAAUUGUGUAAAAUAGGCCAUGUAAGAGUUCUUGCGCAUCUUGAAUUUGAAUACCGCGGAUUUUCUUACGGGGCGCUGUCAAAAUGAAGAACCGAAGUUUGGCAGGGAAUUGUGGUGUGGCGAUUUUCUGCGUGGCCCUAGUGUCAAUAGUAAUUGCUUUUGCAACUCCUAGUUGGCUGGUCAGCGAUUACCGAAUCACCGGGGCAAAGCUUGAUAAAUUAGGACUAUGGACACAUUGUUUUCGAUCACUCUCUGACCCGAGAGACGACUACCAAAGAAGAUUUUUCGUAGGUUGCAGAUGGGUUUACGACCCUUUUACUACUGGAUAUGAUCAAAUAAAAGGAUAUCUGCUUCCACCUUUCAUGGUAGCUACUCAGUUCUUCUUCACUGUAUGUCUACUGACGAUGAUAGUGACCAUGAUAUUAGUACUCCUGUUCUUCCUUUGCUGUGGACCCGAUCAAGAUCGAUUCGUCCUUCUAAUUAAAGUCAUAGGCUACCUCCUGCUCGGAGCUGGCUUUUCAGGUGCCCUGGCUGUUAUAAUAUUCGCCUGCCUGGGCAAUGCUGAUGGUUGGAUGCCGGAGCAUGCAAAUAAUUAUUUAGGAUGGUCCUUCGGUGUGGGCGUUGUCGGUUGUGUAGCUUGCAUUUUGGCAGCAGCAUUGUUUUUGGCAGAAGCACAUGUCCAAAAACGAAAAGUCGAGUCUCUGAAGGACUCUCAGGCCAGAUUCGAAAUCGAACACGAAACGAAAGCAUGA